AUGGCAGCUUCAUCAUCAUCUUUCUUUUCUGAGUUUGGGCUGCUUUUGUAUUUGGAGGAGUUGAACAAAGAGGAGUUAAAUAAAUUUAAGUUACUCCUAAAGAAUGAGACCGUGGAACCUGGGCACUGCCAAAUACCUUGGACUGAAGUGAAGAAGGCCAAUAGGGAGGAUCUGGCUAACCUGAUGAACAAGUAUUAUCCAGGAGAGCAGGCCUGGAGUGUGGCUCUCAAAAUAUUUGGCAAGAUGAACCUGAAGGAUCUGUGUGAGAAAGCAAAAGCAGAGAUCAGCUUAACAGCCCAGACCACGGGACCAGAGGACACCAAGGCCAGACAGGCCCAGGGAGAUCAGGAGGCAGUACUGGGUGAUGGAACAGAAUACAGAAUACAAAUAAAGGAAAAAUUCUGCAUCAUGAGGGACAAGAACCCUUUACUUGGAGAAUCGGAAGAUUUCCAUCAUGGAAUUACUCAGGAAGGUCGAGAACUGUUGGAACAUUUGUUUGAUGUGGAUGUCAAAACUGGUGAGCAGCCACAGACAGUGGUGCUGCAGGGGAUUGCUGGAGUUGGGAAAACAACCUUGGUGAGAAAUGCAAUGUUAGAUUGGGCAGAGGGCAAUCUCUAUCAGCAGAAAUUUAAGUAUAUUUUCUAUCUCAGUGCAAGAGAAAUUAACCAGCUGAAAGAGAAGAGCUUUGUUCAGCUUAUAUCGAAAAACUGGCCUAGAAGAGAAGGCCCCAUUGAAAGGAUCAUGUCCCAGCCGGGUAGUCUCCUUUUUAUUAUUGAUAGUUUUGAUGAACUGAACUUUGCUUUUGAGGAACCUGAGUUUGCACUGUGCAAUAAUAGGACCCAGGAACACCCAGUGUCCUUCCUCAUGAGUAGUUUGCUGAGGAAAGUGAUGCUCCCUGAGUCCUCGUUAUUGGUCACAACAAGACUCACAGCUUAUAAGAGACUAAAACAUUUGUUGAAGAGUCACCGUUGUGUACAGCUAGUAGGAUUGUCUGAUGAUGCAAGAAAGGAGUAUAUUUACCAGUUUUUUGAAGACAAGAAGUGGGCCAUACAAGCAUUCAGUUCACUAAGAAACAAUGAGACGCUUUUUAACAUGUGCCAAGUCCCCCUAAUGUGCCGAGUCAUUUGUGCUUGUCUGAAGCAGCAAAUGGAGAAGGGAGCUGAUGUCAGCUUGACCUGCCAAACCACCACAGCUCUAUUCACCUGCUUGUUCACACCUGUAGAUAGAAGCUAUCCUAGUCUAACCGACCAAAUCCAACUGAAGAAUCUGUGCCACUUGGCUGCCAAGGGAAUAUGGACUAUGACAUACGUGUUUUACAGGGAAAGUCUCAGAAAGCACGGGUUAACUAAAUCUGAUGUCUCAGUUUUCCUGGACAUGAAUAUUCUUCAGAAGGAUUCUGAGUAUGAAAAUUGCUACGUGUUCACCCACCUACAUGUUCAGGAGUAUUUUGCAGCUAUGUUCUAUACGUUGAAAGGCAAGUGGGGAACCACGGACCAUUCCUUCCAGUCUUUUGAGGACUUGAAGCUGUUACUUGAAAGCAAAGCUUAUGAAGACACCCAUUUGAUGCAAAUGAAAUGCUUUUUGUUUGGCCUUUUGAAUGAAGAUAGAGUAAUACAACUGGAGAAAACCUUUUAUUGUACAAUGUCACUGGGGCUAAAAUGGGAGUUACUUCAGUGGAUAGAAACAUUAGGAAACAGUGAAUAUUCUCCAUCACAGCUGAGAUUUCUGGAGUUGUUUUACUAUCUGUAUGAGACUCAGGAUGAAGCAUUUGUAAGCCAGGCAAUGAGCUGUUUCCAAAAGAUUGACGUUGAUAUUUGUGGGAAAAUCCAUUUGCUUGUGUCUUCAUUCUGCCUUAAGCACUCCCAAUGUUUACAGACCAUUAAACUGACUGUAACUGUAGUAUUUGAGAAGAUGUUAAACUCAAGGCCCCCAGAUGAAACUUGGCAAAUAGAUCAUGAUCACAUUACUCAUUGCUGGCAAGACCUCUGUUCUGUGCUUCAUACAAAUGAAGACUUGAGAGAAUUGGACCUGUUUCAUAACAACCUUGAUGAAUUAGCGAUGAAGAUUCUUUGUCAAGAACUAAGGCACCCAAAUUGUAAACUACGAAAAUUACUGUUGAGAUUUGUUUCCUUCCCUGAUGGUUGCAAGGAUAUCCUUAGUGCUUUGACUCAGAACCAGAAUCUGAUACUUCUGGACCUGAAAGGGAGUGAUGUAGGGGAUAAUGGAGUAAAGUCAUUAUGUGAAGCCUUGAAACGCCCAGAAUGUAAACUACAGAAUCUGAGGCUGGAAUCCUGUAACCUAACUACAGUUUGUUGUCUAAAUAUCUCUAAGGCUCUCAUCACAAACCAGAGCCUGAUAUUUCUGAAUCUGUCAACCAAUAAUUUAUUGGACAUUGGAGUGGAGUUGUUGUCUGAGGCCUUGAGACAUCCAAUGUGUUACCUACAGAGACUGUCUAUAGAAAGGUGUGGCCUCACGGUAGCUGGCUGUGAGGAUCUCUCUUCUGCCCUCAUCAGCAAUAAAAGACUGACACAUUUAUCCUUGGCAGACAAUGUCUUGGGAGAUGAUGGAGUAAAGCUUAUUAGUGAUGCCUUGAAACAUCCACGGUGUACUCUACGGAGCCUUGUGCUGAGGCGUUGCUAUUUCACUUCACUUAGCAGUAAAUAUCUCUCAGCUUCUCUUCUACUCAACAAGAGCCUGACACAUCUGGAUCUGGGGUCAAAUUGUCUAAAAGAUGAUGGAGUAAAGCUUAUGUGUGAUGUCUUUCGGCAUCCAAGCUGUAAUCUUCAGGAUCUGGGAUUGAUGGGCUGUGCUCUUACCAGUGCAUGCUGCCUAGCUAUAGCUUCUGCUAUUUUGAACAACUCAAACUUGAGGAUCCUGGACCUUGGGAACAAUAAUUUACAGGAUGAUGGAGUGAAAAUUCUGUGUGAGGCUUUGAGACAUCCAAGCUGCAACAUCGAGAGACUUGGGUUGGAAUACUGUGGUUUGACCUCCCUUUGUUGUCAGGAUCUCGCUGCUACUCUUAGCAGCAACCAAAGACUCACAAAAAUAAAUCUGACACGGAAUAUCUUAGGGUGUGAAGGAAUAAAAAAGUUGUGUGAAGUCUUGCAGUCUCCCGGAUGUAAACUACAAAUUCUAGGGUUGUGCAAAGAGGCGUUUGAUAAGGAAGGCCAGAAACUGCUGAAGGCUGUGGGAGUUAGCAAUCCACAUCUAAUCAUUAAGUCCACCUGUAAUGACCAGAAUGAAGAAGAUGGGUCCUGGUGGCAGCAUUUCUGA